GGCUCCUACCCCUUGCAAGACUUCAAGACUCUCGAGAAUGUGCAGGUGCCGGUGACGAAAUUCCUGCAAUGGAGCGAGCAGUGCGACGAUGGCUUACUGUACUUUCUGACGCCCCGGGGCUCUCCCAUCAAAAACCAGUCUGGCCCUGUGAUACUCAACAGCCGCGGAGAGUUGAUCUGGACACGGCACUUCGACAACGUCGGAAGCGAGCCUUACAACUUCGGCGUCCAGUCCUACCAAGGCGAGGACCACCUGACGUUCUGGGUGGGAGAAGAUAUGGUGCACGGACAUGGCACAGGCUACAACUACAUCCUCAACUCGGCAUAUGAGGUUGUCGACACAAUCGGUACAAUGGACAAUAGCAUGCCAGACCUCCACGAGUUCUCCAUCACCGACAACGCCACCGCGCUCGUGAGCGUGUACGAUGGCGUGCGCAGAGUGCAGGACUCGGUUUACUUCUGGGACUGCUCGAUCCGCGAGAUUGACCUGCAAACUCGCCAGCUCCGAUGGGAAUGGCGAGCUUCAGACCACGUCGACGCAGAGGAGACAUACCAGCCCAUCCGCACUCAGGGCACCCCCAACAAACCAUUCGAUUGGUUUCACAUCAACAGCGCCCAAAAGGACGAGUUGGGCAACUAUCUCUUCUCGUCGCGAUACCUGCAUAGCGUUCUCUACGUGGACGGCCGCACGAAGGAGACGAUCUGGCGCCUUGGCGGCAAGAAAAACAGCUUCAUGGAUCUGAGCGGCGGGAAUGCAACAAAUUUUGCCUACCAACACGAUGCCCGACUCCACCCGACCGAUACCUUUCCGAAACUGUACCGUCCACCACCGGAACGGCCUGGAUUCACGACGAAACUCCUGACUUUUGAAGUGGACAAGACACAGUUUUUCCCCAUGUCCGACCUUGACAUCGAGAAGGUGCUGGCCAACAACGGCAGCGAUCCGAACUUCACCGUCCGCGUGGUCAUGUCGUAUGAGAAUCCGACGCGCAUCCACUCGAUUUCGCAGGGCAAUGUGCAGCUCAUCCCGCAGGGGCGAGGGGAAGACCCGAAAGUCCUGGUGGGCUACGGGCACACUGCCGCGUGGACGGAGUUUGCAGCCAACGGGACGGUCUUGUGCGAUGUCCGCUUCGCCGCGAACGGCUAUCAAGACAAGCAUGUUUUGAGCUACAUGAGCUACCGAGUGCACAAACUGCCGUGGACGGGCAAGCCGAAGUGGAAACCGACGGUGGUGGUUGACGCCGACACGCUCUACGUAUCUUGGAUGGGCGCCACGGAUGUUGGCGGUUGGGCUGUCGAGUUCUCGUCGAGCGGGGAGACGGCGUGGUGGGAGACGCUGCGGGUGCGCAAGACGCGGUUCGAAGAGAGCAUUGCGAUCCCCGACGGCGUUGGCAUCGGACGGUAUAUUCGAGUGGUCGCGUUGGAUGAACAUGGCGCGCGGAUGGCGAAUGGCAUCAGCAAUGCUGUGGAUCGU